AAAGGAGGGUGAUUUUUAGGCAAUAUAUCAGUUAUAUCAGUAUCAGUAAUAUAAUAAAAAAGUGCUGUUUUAUAACUAAAAUUUACAUAUACUAAAUCAAAAAAAUGAAGUUUGUAAUCCUAGUUUUGGUCGGAGUUUUGGCUGUUUCGUCUGCUAGAUUGACACCAAACCAACUAGCUCUAGCCAGAGCUAGAUAUCACUUAAGAAGGAGUCUAGAGCAACCUAGUGUUCUGAAAUCUUUGAGCGACUUGUUUUAUAGAAUUCAUCAUUUUACACCCAGCAAAAGAUGCGCUAAUAUUUUGGACGAAGGGUGCGCCAAUGGCGGCAUUCCCGGGGCUGGAUCUGAUGCUGAUUGGAUUAAUAACAACUCCCCUGGCAAAAGAUGCGCCAACAUUUUAGACGAAGGGUGCGCCAAUGGCGGCAUUCCCGGGGCUGGUUCUGAUGCUGAUUGGAUUAACAACAACUCCCCAGGCAAAAGAUGCGCCAACAUUUUGGACGAAGGGUGCGCCAAUGGUGGCAUUCCCGGGGCUGGAUCUGAUGCUGAUUGGAUUAACAACAACUCCCCCGGCAAACGAUGCGCCAACAUUUUAGACGAAGGGUGCGCCAAUGGUGGAAUUCCUGGGGCUGGAUCUGAUGCUGACUGGAUCAACAAUAACUCCCCUGGCAAAUAAUUAUUUCCCUGCACAAUGAUUUGACCUCGAUAAUUUUUUUCCUGUUAUUUUGCUCUACAAAAGAUAAAUAAUUAAAUACA